CCGCUGAGUAGCCAUUUUGGUCCCACCUAAAACGGACAGAGCAGCUUCACUUUGGGCCGUCGGAGAUGGAAGAAACCGAGUCGACGGCGAGUAUUUCAGCCACUGAAACCUUCUGAAUCCCUCCAGGAAACAUCGGCAGGUGACACUCGACGCCAUGGCCUCCUUUUGAGCUGUUGUUUUUGUGAAAAAAGGAAAAAGCCCGGGGUGAUUUUUGUUUUUGGAAGUGGCGACCGACAGCGCCUUAACGUGAGUUGAGUUAGCUUCACUGACUCAGACACAAACGGACAGACGGACACUGAUUUGAGUUGAGGCCAUGAGCGUUCAGGUGCUCGGCUCUAACACGUCCGGUUUGGUUUGAACAUUGUCACGAUCCAUGCUGAGCCUGUUUCCCCCCGGAGAGCAGAGCUGCAAAGCAAAGCAAUAAUCUCAUCUUUGUCGGACUGAAGGAGGAUUUUUUUUUCUUUUUUUGACCGGUGAAAGAAAGGGACAAGUAGAAAAGAUGUCAACAAAAACUCCUUUACCGACGGUCAACGAGAAGGUGACGGAAAGUCACACGUCUCACAGUAAUGGCCGUCAGGAGAUCGGCACGCGCUCCGCCCGGACCGGCGUCCGAUCCCGCAGCUCCGAGGAGCCGCAGCAACCUCACGUCGGCAACUACCGGCUGCUCAAAACCAUCGGCAAGGGCAACUUCGCCAAGGUCAAACUGGCCCGACACAUCCUCACCGGCAGAGAGGUGGCAAUUAAGAUAAUAGACAAGACGCAGCUGAACCCAAACAGCCUUCAGAAGCUCUUCAGAGAAGUUAGAAUAAUGAAGAUUUUAAAUCAUCCCAAUAUAGUCAAGCUUUUUGAAGUGAUCGAGACGGAGAGGACGCUCUACCUGGUGAUGGAGUACGCCAGUGGAGGAGAGGUGUUCGACUACCUGGUUGCACAUGGACGAAUGAAGGAAAAAGAGGCCAGGGCUAAAUUUAGACAGAUUGUAUCGGCGGUGCAGUACUGCCACCAGAAGCACAUUGUUCACAGAGACCUCAAGGCGGAGAAUCUGCUCCUCGACGCCGACAUGAACAUCAAGAUCGCAGACUUUGGCUUCAGCAACGAGUUCACGAUGGGCAACAAGCUGGACACGUUCUGCGGCUCUCCGCCGUACGCUGCACCGGAGCUUUUCCAGGGGAAGAAGUACGACGGGCCGGAGGUGGACGUCUGGAGUCUCGGGGUCAUUCUGUACACGCUGGUCAGCGGCUCGCUGCCUUUCGACGGACAGAACCUCAAGGAGCUGCGGGAGCGCGUGCUCAGAGGGAAGUACCGCAUCCCGUUCUACAUGUCCACAGACUGCGAGAACCUCCUCAAGCGCUUCCUGGUGCUCAACCCGGCCAAGCGGGGUACUCUCGAGGUGAGGGAGGACGCAGAAAAUCAAAUCAUGAAGGAUCGGUGGAUCAAUGCAGGAUUUGAAGAGGACGAGCUCAAGCCUUACACUGAACCAGAGCUGGACAUCACGGAUCAGAAGAGAAUAGAUGUGAUGGUUGGGAUGGGCUACAACCUGGAGGAGAUCCAGGACUCUCUGGCCAAGAUGAAGUAUGACGAGAUCACAGCCACCUACCUGCUGCUGGGCAGGAAGGCCUCCGAGCUGGAGCCCAGCGAGUCGGCCUCCAGCAGCAACCUGUCUCUGGCCAAGCCGAGGCCCAACAGUGAGCUCAACGGCCAGUCGCCCUCACACCUCAAAGUCCAGAGGAGCGUCUCCUCCUCCAACCACAAACAGAGGCGUUACAGCGAACAAGUCGGUCAGAACGUCCCCCCGGGGAUGUCUCAUCCAAAGAGGAGUCAGACCACCACGGCGGAGAACAGCGCCAAGGAGGAAGGUGGAGUCCAGCUGCGUAAACCCAGCACCCCGGGGAGCCGCGGCGCUCCGCCCGCCAGCCCUCUGCUGGGCAACGCCAACAACCCCAACAAGGCCGACAUCCCCGACCGCAGGAAAGGCGCCACCACCGGCCCGAGCAAUAACACUGCGUCGGCAGGGAUGACCCGGAGGAACACGUACGUCUGCAGCGACAGAAACAACACGGACCGCCUCUCCGUCAUCCCCAACGGGAAGGAGAACAGCAGUGUCGCGGCGUCGCCCGGCGGCCAGAGGAACCCGGUGGCGUCCAUCAACAGCAUCGCCAACGCCACCACCCCCGACCGCCUCCGCUUCCCGAGAGGCACCGCCAGCCGCAGCACCUUCCACGGCGGCCAGCUGAGAGACCGCCGCACGGCCACGUACAACGGGCCGCCGGCGUCGCCCACCCUCUCCCACGACGCCACCCCGCUCUCGCAGACCCGCAGCCGUGGAACCAGCAACCUCUUCUCCAAACUCACCUCCAAACUCACCCGCAGAAACAUGUCAUUCAGGUUUACCAAAAGGGUCAGUAUUGACCCGGCCAAACGGCAGACGGCCAAAACAGGGCCUGCCAUCCCUUCUACCCAGGGAGGAAAGAGCCUUAGUAAGUCUUCUGCCCUCCAGUCUCUUAUCAGCCUGUCCUUCCUUCCUUCCUUCCUUCCUUCCUUGCUUCCUUCCUUCCUUCCUUCUCAUCCUCCACCUCCAUGUUUUUCCUUUCGGCCUCACGUCCAUACAUUUUUAAUAUUCUUUCCCUCUCUCUCUUUUUUUUUUUCUUUCUUUGUCACGUGUCCAUUGAGGAAAAUUUUUUCAGAUUCCCAUUUUUUCUUUCAGAUUCAGGAGCGGAAGAUAUAGAGAGUUGUAGGAAGAUGAAGAUCUAGAGUAAGGGGCUGUUUCAAUCCCUCAAUCUCUUCUUCUUCUUCUGAGAUAAAGUCUUGCGUUAUGUGGGAGGUUCUCCUCCUCCUCCACCUCCUCCUCCUCCUCACCCUCUCCCUCCCUCUCACCCCUUCGGUCUUGUGACGUUUCACAGCCUCUCUGAGCGACUCGGGACCUGCUGUCAGUCCUGUCUGUCCACUUGUCCUCUUGUUGUCGAGUCUCUGAGCUGUCGGGGAGUUUGGAGUCACUUCCUCCUCCACCCUCGUCCUGUUUUCUUUCUUUUUUUUUCUGUCCUUCAGGCUGCAGUGCAUGCUGGGAGCCUGAUAACCAUAAAAACCCGCCCUGUGAAAAGGAGAAGGGAGCUUUCUGCUUAUUUUUUUUUGCUUCUUAAUGCAACCUUUUUGUCGAGACAUUUCCCUCGUGUUUGCAGUGAUUCAGAGACAGUUUUCUCCCAGUAAAACGUCAGAAACACAGCUGGUGUUUUAAGGACCAUGAAUAUUUUCUGGUCAGGAUUAAGUACGUUCAGGGAAAAAAAUAAUCAGAUAGAAACACAAUUUUUUUAUGUAAUCGAUCAAAUUAAAUGCAUAAAGGUUGAUGCAUAAAUCAUAAGGAGCGAGGGCUUUCUGCUUAUUUCUGCUCUUUAAAACAACCUUUUUGUUAGAUAUUUUCCUCGUGUCUGCAGUGAUUCAGAGACAGUUUUCUCCCAGUAAAACGUCAGAAACACAGCUGGUGUUUUAAGGACCAUGAAUAUUUUCUGGUCAGGAUUAAGUGCAUUUUUCCAAAGUUCAGGGAAAAAAUAAUCAGAUAGAAACACAUUUUUUUUAUGUAAUCGAUCAAAUUAAAUGCAUAAAGGUUGAUGCAUAAAUCUCAUAAGGAGCGAGGGCUUUCUGCUUAUUUCUGCUCUUUAAUACAACCUUUUUGUUAGAUAUUUCCUCGUGUUUGCAGUGAUUCAGAGACAGUUUGCUCCCAGUAAAACGUCAGAAACACAGCUGGUGUUGCUGUUUUUAGGACAAUGAAUAUUUUCUGACAUUAUGGAUAAAAUCCUCUCACAGUUUAGUCUUUUAUUUGGAUAAACAGCACAAUAAAGAACAUUUUCAGCUUCUGGGAAAAACAACAGCACAGAAAUGCUAUUUUUUUUCAAAUUUUUAUCUAAAUUGAUCAAAUGAAAUACACAAAGUUUCUCAGGUUGUUGCAUAAAUCUUGUCAGACCUCAAUCCUCUCACAGUUUGUCAUUUGUUUAGAUAUAUAUCACGAUAACCUUUUGGGAUAUUACUCAUUAUUAAAACACUAUUGCUGUUUUCAAGGGGAAAAAAUAUUUUUCCUGGAUAAAAAAAACAACAAAAACAGCAAAAAUUCAUAAUUUCACAGUUAGGUGCAGCUGUAGUUGUUUAUCUUGUAGAUUUUCAGAUGAUUUAUAUGUAAAUGUAGCAGCGAAAAGAGGUUGGACAUCAUGAAUUAGGUUUUUUUGUAGUUGCAUCAGUGAAAAGUGUCUCUUAUUUCGAUCAGCGUGGUGGUUGAUGUCGUAUGUGAAGUGAAUAAAACCAGUUAGAUGCAGAUUUAAACCUGCAUGAAGACAGAUGAGGGAAAUGUUGCCAGUUCUAUCAAAUGGAUUCAAAUCAGCCUCUAGUUUCUAAUAUUUACAACAAACAUUAACAAGAUAUGUGUUGAACUGUAUACAUGCACAAAAACAUCAUGCAACAUCUUUUUAUUAAGCUUAUA